AAUAGCAGACUCAAAGCACAAACUGAAUAGAUAUGUCCCAUUCUUUGGAGUAUUCAAGUGACUCGAUAAGCUCUAAUGAGAACGCCACUUCUCUUUUGGGUCUAUUAAAGGCUUUCAACGAGGACCCCAGAGUUUCCAGUAGGUUUGCUUUUCCCUGUAAAGUUGGCAGUAGACCAGCUUGGUUGGAAGCAAGAAAUCUGCCAAACACAAGUGCACUAGUUUGCGGUACUUGUAGUCAAAGACUGGAGUUUCUUCUUCAAAUCUAUGCACCAUUGGAUAGAGAGAUAGUAGGACAUGAAGAAGCUUUUCAUAGAAUGCUGUAUGUAUUUUUCUGUGUCAAUCCAGACUGCUUGAAAAAGAACGAUUUUUGCAAAGUUUUCCGAAGUCAGUUACCAGCAGAAAAUCCGUUUUAUUGUGACCAGUUUGAGUCAAACCUUCAACUUGGUUCGCAAAAGGAGUUUUGUGAAGCAGAAAUAAACACUUGCGUUGUCUGUUGCUUAGCUGCAACCAGUGUCUGUGGGAAAUGCCGUAGACGAUAUUACUGUUCUAGAGAGUGUCAAGCGAUAGACUGGCGAUGGGCACAUAAAGAUAGUUGUGUCGGAGAUGCUGUUUCUGGCGAGGAUAAUGUUUUGUACUAUUAUUUUCCUCCAUUUCUUCUCGAUAUUUCGGAAGAAGAAUGUGAAGAAGCUCCCUCUUUGAAUAACCCUACUUUAUACAAUGAUAUGACAUGGAAGGACGAUGAAGACUUGGAAGAGACUGAAAAGGAUUCGACACGUGAUAAAAUAUUCGAGUACUUUCAGUCGAGAGUUUGUGAGGAACCCAGGCAAGUUGUGCGAUAUGCUCCUAGAGAGGAACGUUUAGAACCACUUUGGUUUCGAGAGGAAGGUCGUAUUUUGUACGAGAGUGAUGUUCCACCUUGUGCAUGCUGUGGACAGCCGAGAGUUUAUGAAUUUCAAGUGAUGCCUCAACUGCUUUAUUAUUUGCAUCAAGCAUUGGACUCUACUGAUAUGAAGAAGUACAGUGCAAAGGUCCGAUAUGUAAAGGAUCAUGUGGACUUUGGAACGAUUGUGGUUUAUACUUGUAGAACAAGUUGCUCUUUAAGAAGGAAGAUGAAUGAGGAAAGUUUCUUUUCUUUUUAUGCCGAAGAAUAUGUGUUAGUACAAGAUGCAUUUAAAUAGAGUGGUAUCCCUCAGAAUUUUCUUGUUAUCACUUUGGAGGGUUGAAAGUAAUCUCAAAAGGAUUGUGUCGGACAAUGUCUCAAAAGGAAGUGGAGCCAUGGUUUCAGCUACAAACUUUACAAAGUUUCCAGUUUUGCUAUCCAAGAUAUUUGCAAGCCAAGGCUCCUAUAGAUAAGAAAGCCUUUCACAAGGCUACUUGGGACCACCUGUAUACUUUAGUCAAUUCUCUGCCAGGGAACACCAUACGUUUGUUAGAUGUAGGAGCAGGUAUAGGUUCUAUGUUUUUGAACGUAAGUCAGUAAAGUGAAAAGAUGAAUAUUCUAGAAAUAAACUGCUAUAGCUCCUAGAGGGACAGGUCCUACUCAAGUUUUCUUCUAUAGAGUAUAUAUUGAUUGAUUCGAAUGCCGAAAAUUGGCUCUUUGGAAUAGAGUGGCUCAUCAGUGAGAUAAAAAAAAGGUUUCCUUU